AGUAGUACUAUUAAGCUAGCGGCCGUGCCCAUGCAAUGAACCCGACGAAGCUGAGCUGCUUCAUCGCCAAGUACAUACUGUAGUAGGAGCUCUGGAUCAAGCAAUGGCGCCAGCACAGCAAGAAUUGCCACCCCCAGUCCUCAGCGUCCUCGACACCGCUCUCGUACGGCCGUCGGUGACUGCCGGCGCCGCCCUGCCGGAGUCUUCCCUCCCGCUCACCUUCUUCGACGUCAUCUGGCUCACCUCCCCACCCGUCGAGCGUGUCUUCUUCUACCGCCUCGCCGCUGACGCCGACGUCGCCACCAUCCUCUCCAACCUCAAGGCCUCGCUCUCCCGAGCACUCAACGCCUACUACCCGCUCGCCGGCCGCCUCCGCCUCAAGCCUGGGACGGCUGACCGCUACGAGCUCCACUACCAGCCGGGCGACGGCGUCACCUUCACCAUCGCAGAGUACUCCAACGAUGGUGCCCACUUCGACGAGCUGGCUAGCGACGAGCCAAAGAAGGUCGCAAAGAUCGCCCCGCUCGCACCGACUCUGUCGGAAGGCCGCGCGCUGCUCGCGCUGCAGGCCACCGUGCUGCGCGGCGGCCUCGCCAUCGGCAUGGCCGUGCACCACGCCGCCUGCGACGGCGCGAGCUCCACUCGCUUCCUGCACGCGUGGUCAUCAGCCAGCACCAGCGGCACCGACGGGCCCCCACCACCCGUCACCGACAGAGCUCUCGUAAACGACCCAAGCAGUCGUCUCUACGACUUCUUCGUCAAAGCCAUGCCGACCGCCGACCAGAUGGAGCGCGUCAAGUUGUCGGACGACCAACUCUUCGCCACCUUCACGCUGUCCAAGGAAGACAUACAGCUCGUCAAGGACGUGGUCUCCGCCGAGGCGGCGCGGCGUAGCGCGGCGCCGCCGCGAUGCUCCUCGCUGGUCGCCACCUUCGGCUUCAUCUGGUCGUGCUACCAGCGCGCCAAAGAUGAUGCGGGAAGCAACAACGGCCACCGGCCGACAUACUUGUGCUUCCCCGUCGACCACCGCUCGCGGAUGAAGCCUCCCGUCCCGGACGAGUACCUCGGCAACUGCGUCGGCGGGGCCAUGCACGCCGCGCCCGAGGUCCAGCUCGCGGCAGCCGGCGCCGGCGGCCUCUUCAUCGCGUGCACGGCGGUGGCUGCGGCGAUCGAGGAGGGGGUGGGUGGCGUCAGAUCGCCUGAGACGAUAGAGUCCUGGAUUGUGCGCUUCAAGGAGGCUGCCGUGGCUGGGACGGGGAUGCUGACUGUUGCCGGGUCGCCCAGGUUCCGUGUGUACGAGGUGGACUUGGGGUUCGGCCGGCCGGCCAAGGUGGACAUCGUGUCCGUUGCGAGAACCGGCGCGAUGGCGGUGGCGGACGACCGGAGCAGCGGCGGCGGCAUGGAGGUGGGCAUCUCUCUGCGGGCUGCUGGCAUGCAGAGGUUUCAGAAGUGCUUCGAGGACGCCAUUGCGUUUCUUCACCAUUGAACAAGGUGAACUGAUAUGCUUAUGUUUUUCUUUUGGCAAAAACAUUAACCAAGGAGCAUGUCCUGUCAUCCUGUGGCACGCUUCACCAUACUUCGAUGUCUAUGCCCGUAUCAUACGUUACGUACGUGCAUGUGCUGAUGUGCAUGCCUAGUGAUGCUGGCAUUUUAAUUUUGAAAACAAUUUAUUUUUUUGUGAUACAGAAUCCAAGUUUCUCAUGUGCUGA